CGGGUGCGGCGCAUGCGCAGUGGGGGCAGCGGGUGGUGGCGGGCCGCUAUGAGGGGCGCUCGGCGUGCGGCUGCUAUCCUCACCUCGGGCGGUGGGGCCAGCUGGGGCCCGGCUCUGCUUUCGGCCCAGCCCCUGCUCCCUCCGGCCGCUCGGAGAGGUUUUGCUGCCACGCUCAUUAGGAAGUCGUAUGAUGUCAGAAGAGUUGAAAUCACUCCCCUGGAGCAGAGGAAGGUAACUUUUGAUACUCAUGCUUUAGUGCAGGAUCUGGAAGCCCAUGGCUUUGGGAAGGAGCAAGCGGAGACCAUCGUAUCGGCAUUAAUAACCCUGUCGAAUGUCAGCUUAGACACGGUCUAUAAGGACAUGGUUACCCAGGCUCAGCAGGAAAUAACUUUACAGCAGAUAAUGGCGCAUUUGGACUCCAUUCGAAAAGAUAUGGUCAUCCUGGAGAAAAGUGAAUUUGCAAACUUGAGAGCGGAGAAUGAGAAAAUGAAAAUCGAAUUAGAUCAAGUUAAACAGCAGCUAAUGAAUGAAACCGGUAAAAUCCGAGCUGACAGCAAGCUAGACAUAAACCUGGAAAGGAGCAGAGUGACGGAUAUGUUCACAGAUCAGGAGAGGAAACUGAUGGAAGCAACUACAGAGUUUCAUAAAAAAGAUUCAAGUACCAACAGUGUUAUCUCAGAAAUCAGUAACAAAAUUGACACUGAAAUAGCUUCCUUAAAAACACUCAUGGAAUCAAAUAAACUCGACACAAUACGCUAUUUGGCAGCUUCAGUAUUUACUUGCUUGGCAAUAGCACUGGGAUUUUACAGGUUCUGGAAAUAGAUUGAAAUGGAGUGACUGCACCAAAUACAGAUGGAGGAAAGGCCACCUGGACAACGUCAGUUAGACAUUCAUGUUUGCCCUGUAGAUAACCUUGGUACCCUUCUGGUUUGGUAUUCUUACUGUGUGCUAAAGGUGUUUUUCUGUCUAUGUAACACUAAAGAUAAAAAGAAUUGGGGGGAAGGGGACAAGUAGUAAUAUUUCGUUGUCCCCUACUGAAUACUGUAUUUAUUUCAAAGGACUUCUUAUGCUAAAUGAGAAAGUGUUUCCUAAUGUGUUUUAGAAUUAAUUUUGUUUUCUUUUGGAAUAUUCUCAAGGGAACAUUCUCACUCUCAGCUCCUCACAAAAUGGAAAUGUUGGAUAUGUCCUUGAAAUGGAAAUACUGUUCCCAAGUUAGUGCUAAUGCCAGAUUCCAGCGGAUCUACUCUGAUCCAAGUCAGUUAAGCUUAAAUGUAGGAUCUGGAUUUUUGCUUUCAGUCUGUUCCUCUCUUUUCUGUCGGAUUGAAGCAUGGCCCUUUGGGGUUUUUUAUUUAUAUAUAAACACACACUCCAAGGCCUUUACUAAAAAAUUCUUGUUGAAAACUGGUUUACAUAAACUUAAUCUUACGUAAACUAAAAUGUCUCCACAGAUUGAUUUUUUUUUUAUAUAUUUUUUUUGGUGUCUUUUGCAACUUCCAUAACCCCAGAGGUCAACAGAACAGGAGAACUUCUCUGGCUUUGCCUCUCCAAGGGGAAAUGCCUCCCCUCUCAGCACCUGCAUACAGCCCUGGGGCAGAUAAGUGCUCUUAACUCCUCCCUUCAAGGAGUGCAGAGUAUUUCCAGUAAACCCUCACAUAUCCUCUGGGCAGAGGAUCUGGCCUGUAACAUGGAAAUACUCAGCACCUCUGUGGUGCCAGUGUGGUGGUGGUUGUCCUCCUCCCGUCUUUGCGCUCCUCGGGGCUGUUGUCUAAUCCCAUGGGACGCACGGACACCCCUAACGCCUGGCGAAGCCCCUCUGUCUUCUGCAAGGACUGACCAACCCCUGUCGCAGAGAUGGGGUGCAGCAGGUGGAUGACUUCCAAACAGAAGCAGCUGCACCAGUGCUUGGUUUGAUUCUUUUAAUAAGACAAUAAUUUUUAAAAAAUCCUUGCUGGGUUAAACUUUCAAGAGUAGGCCCUCUAUGGGCUAAGGAGUGUGUAGUAUGAUUAGCGACACUUUUUUUUAUUGCAGCUUUAUUCUGUUUACAAUUGAACUUGCUUGUAUACUGCCAAUUAUUAUAAUCUGUGCAUUAAGCUAUUUAUUAUCUUCAUUUAAGAAAAUAAAAUUAAUUUCUUUUAUUUGC